GGAGGUUAUAGUUUCUAUGGGCGUUCGGUUCGGUUGGAUGCGUUUCGAAAUAUUUUGUCGUAUUAAAUUAUUGUCAGAUACUUAUAUCAUUGAAAAGGUAUCCGUCUGUAAGUGCUCAUAGUUUCAUUGCUUUGUAGUUGCCUUUCGAAUUAUUGUUAUCGACUACUUUUUAGUAAAGAACUCUAGUUAGUUGUAAAUAAAAGUGUACUUUGCGGAAAGGCAGGACUCUAUGCCGAUGUUCGGUGUGAAUUAAUGAAAAAAUUAGAAUUCGUUCUUUUUCGCCUACUUUAAAGGAUAUCUGAAAAUUUGCGUCCUUUCUUCAACAUUAAUCGCAAACUGUUUACUUCAUAUAGGAAAAACGAACGUCCUUUUAAAGUAGGCCGUCCCAAGAAGAAAGACUUGUUAUUGUUACUGUUGGAAUGUCCUCUCAAACAGAUAGUGUAACUCCUUAUGAUCUCGAUGAAGUUUCCUUGAAUCCAGCUAAGAACAACAAUAAAACAUUAACUAAUAAUAGUACUAUACAAAAUACAAUAAAACAAAUGAAGUUUAACAUUUUAAAUUAUUUAAUCACUAACCGAAAUAAAUCAAAUCAAAUUAGAUCAAAUGAUAAUAUGGAUAUAAAUGAUAUUACUAAUAAAUCAUCUUCUAAAUUAUCUCAUCAUAGGGAUUCGGAAUUUCUCAAUACCGGAUUUACUUUAAUUGGUUAUACAUUUCUACUUCAAAUUAUUUUACAUAUCAUGACAUUUUUAUUGAAUAGUCUUUCUUAUCGUUAUUUGGAUACAGCCAGUUUAGGCUUAGUCAAUGUUCGACUUGGUUUAUUUUAUUCAACAUUGAUAUUUACUUCAAGAGAAGCAUUUCGUCGUGCAUGUCUUAGUCGUGGUGGUCAAGUAGUCAAUAGUAACGAUAAUAAUAAUAAUAAUAAUAAUAAUAAUAAUAAUAAUAAUAAUAAUAAUAGAAAAUCAACUGAAUCAUUAUCAAAUGCAAAUGUUACUACAAUAAUUGAUUCUACAAAUGAAGAUUUUGUUGAUGUUUCUCAGUUGAUUAAAAGUUGUAAGCAUGAAAUUAAUCAAGAUGGUCAUACUUCAAUUCAGUGUAGUUUACAAUAUAAAGAACAAUUGUAUGGAAUUUUCAAUCUUGCUUGGCUAGUACUUCCAAUUGGUUUCAUCAUUGUAAUACUAUUGAGUUUUGUGUGGAUUUACAUCUUACCAUCUCCAAGUAAUCUAAUUAAUGAAUCAAAUUCUGAAUUAAAUUUAACAUCGUCAAUUAUUGAACAACGUUACAUCCUCUGUAUCAUGAUAUACGCUUUAUCUGGUCUUUUUGAAUUAGCUACUGAACCAUUAUGGCUUAUUUGUCAAUUAUCUCAUGAAGUUCGUGCAAGAAUUUUCAUUGAAGCUUUUGCUAAUACUGCUCGUUCAAUUGGAAUACUAUUUGCAAUAUUUACUGUACCAUCCCAGUAUGCCAUUUAUUCACUUAGUAUACCUCAACUUCUUCAUGGUUCAACAUUGUUCAUAAGUUACUUAUUGUAUUUUCAAUAUGGUAUACCACGUUCAACAUCAAAUAACGAAUUGAAACUUAAAGGAAUCACAGGAAUCGCUUCGUUAAAAGAUAUUUUACCAAGUUAUUUUCAGUAUUCUAUCGAUCGACAAGGCCUACAACUUGUAAAGAACUUUUUUGGUCAGUGUAUACUGAAACAACUUUUAACAGAAGGUGAAAGAUAUUUAAUCAGUGCGUUCCAUUUGAUAAGUUUCACUGAUCAGGGUAUAUAUGAUCUCGUCAAUAAUUUGGGCUCUUUAGCGGCUCGUCUACUUUUCUUACCAUUGGAAGAAAGUUGUCAUUUUAUGUUUAGUCAAUGUAUUCAAAGAGAUGUCUCUCCAAGUAAACAAGACAAAAAAUUACUUACGGAUGCAUUUCGUAUGCUUAAAACAGCUUUACGUAUUUCAAGUCUUAUAGCUUGGAUUGGUGUAACCUUUGCUCAAGCUAAUUCUCGUUUAUUAUUAAUGAUUUACGCUGGGCAUAGAUUAGCUGAUAAUUAUGUAGCGGUCAAUUUAUUACAAUUAUAUUCUGCUUAUGUUUUGUUACUUGCAUGGAAUGGUUCGACUGAAGCGCUGUUGAAUUCCGCAAUGUCAACAGAUGAAGUUUUACGUCACAAUCAACGUUUAAUAAUAUUUUCCAUAAUAUUUCUCAGCGCAAAUUGGUUUCUUGUCCCAAUAUUCAAUGUAUACGGUUUUGUACUGGCCAAUUGUAUUAACAUGAUUACUCGUAUUUUAUAUAGUGUUUAUUAUAUUAACAAAUUUUUGGCAAAAAUUGAUGAACCAACGAAUAUUGAAAAACAAAACAACUUGGAUGAUGAUGAUAAUGAUAGCAGCUGCAGUAGUAGUGAAAAAUCAUCGACUUUCGUUGUGUUAUCAAACUGUGAAAUGGAAAAAUUCUCAAAUAUUUCAUUAUUAUCAUUAAUGUUUCCAUCAUACAGUGAAAUGUGCAUUCUAUCCAUUUCACUUGUAUGUACUUUAAUUUCACAAUACUUUUUGUGUUGUUCUUUUGGCAUUCUAUGGAUGAUAUUACAUGGUACAAUUACAUUCGGAUUCUUAUUCAUCACAUUAAUAAUAAUUUAUUACGAAGAAGUCGAUAUUCUACAACUUAUUCAAAAUCGUUUACCAUCUUUAUUACAAUACAAAAAAUCACAAUAAAUCCCAGUUAUUAAUCAUACUCUUUCAUUUGUAAUGUUACUUAUUUCAAAUAAAUGCUUUAAUUCAAUGCUUCCAUAGUCUUUCACAGUUUAUAUUUCUUUGUUGAGUUCAUUCAAUAUCUUGUUGAAUAGUUAAAAAGAAAAGUACUUAUGGUGUUGUGAUAAUUAUUUUAAAAUGUGUUUAAAUUAUACUUUUUUUUAAUGGA